GCGAGGAGAAAAAAAAACCGCGCUGAAAGAAGCCUGGCAUAGUUUGGUGGGGAUUGUUUGAAAAAGAUGUAACGAAGCUUGCAAGAGCUCUCUACGGGAUGGAAAACUGGAUUACUGCCCCUGCUGAAACACACUGUGGAUGUCUGAAUAAACCAGGAGGAGAUACACGGGAAUGAAUGGAUUCUAAAGCCUUUUCACAAAAUGGGAACUAACUGUGCUCUUUUUCGCUGUAGUGCAAAGCUCUCUGUGGGUGUGUGUGGGAUGUUGUGUCAGGGCUAAAGCCCAUCCCUCUCCCAUGAGCCUGUGUGCCCACACACACCUGGCGCCUUCACGCACCCACCCGGCGCCCACACACCGACAGCCGGCACCGACGCUGUGAACUGGACCCUCGGAGCCCAGCGGAGCCAAGCGGAGCCGAGCGGAGUCUAGCCAGUUGGAGCCUGAGGAUGUCAACAGAGACAGAGCUCCAGCCAGCGGUCAGGCCCAGCAGCGUCAGACGGGACUCCAGAAGGAAAGGGCAGGAUCGCAGCGAGUCGACUCUCAUCAGGCGUUUUAAGGGCGAUGGCGUCCGCUACAAGGCCAAGCUCAUCGGCCUGGACGAGGUCACUGCCGCCCGUGGAGACAAACUCUGCCAGGACUCGAUGAUGAAGCUCAAGGGUGUAGCAGCAGGAGCGCGGUCUAAAGGAGACCACAAACAGAAGGUGUUUCUGACCAUCUCCUUUGGAGGGAUCAAGAUCUUUGAUGAGAAGUCAGGGGUCCUCCAGCAUCAUCAUGCGGUCCACGAGAUCUCCUACAUUGCCAAGGACAUCACGGACCACCGAGCCUUUGGCUACGUCUGCGGGAAGGAAGGGAACCACCGCUUCGUGGCUAUCAAGACCGCACAGUCGGCUGAGCCGGUGAUCCUGGACCUGCGGGACUUGUUCCAGCUCAUCUAUGAGAUAAAGCAGAGAGAGGAGAUGGAGAAGAAGGCCCAGAAAGACAAGCAGUGUGAGCAGGCGGUCUACCAGACAAUACUGGAGGAGGAUCUGGAGGACCCGGUCUAUCAGUACAUUGUGUUUGAGGCGGGACACGAGCCCAUCCGUGACCAAUCAGAAGAGAGCAUUUAUCAGGUUCCCACCAGUCAGCAGAAGGAAGGGGUCUAUGACGUCCCAAAGCGACUCAGAAAUGGACAUCAAAAUACCCCCCACAACCACCAUCAUCAUCAACAUCAUCAUUUUCAUGACCAGCCCCUCCAACAAGAACAAAGUCAAGAGCAGCCGCAGCAGGCAGUGGCAGAUCUGAUAGACUUAGACCUGGGACUGGUGACUCAGAAUAUCAACCAAUUAGAGAUUUUUGGAGACAUGUCCACACCUCCUGACAUCACUUCUCCAUCGACCCCCGCCUCUCCAGCCAACAUCCUGGACCCGUUGCAGGGUCUGCAGGGUCUGCAGCAUCCCGCGGAACUGUUUUCUCCCUUCAAUCCGUCUGUGCCCUCAGGUUAUGUGACAAUGGGAGCGGUUCCCCCUGGCCACUGGUCCCAGCAGGCAUUUGCUGGCCAGACGCCGCUGGCCUUCGGGGUCCAGUCUCCUCUGGGUGCCGUCGCCCAGGUGCUGCCAGGCGGCCAGCCUCUCAUCUGGGGCCAGGCCAACCUCUUCCCUGCCACCCAGCAGCAGUGGGCAGCCAUGGCGGCCGGAGCCUUCUCCCCCACAGCCUACCUCCCUGCCCAAUCUAUGGGCACUCUGCCUGCCGCCAUGUUCCAGACUCUCACCUCCGUCACGUCUUUGACUCCCGCCGGCGAGAGCCAUUUAGGGGCUGGAGCCGGCGCCUCAGCUUCGUCAAGUCCGCAGCACGGGGACAGGGCGAGGAUGAUGGGAAAGGAGAUGUUCAAGGACUUCCAGCUGGCGAAGCCCCCUGCCAUGCCCUUGAAGAAGGGGGAACAGCCCAACUUAGCAGCGACCUCAGAUGCAUUCAGCUCUUACUUCAGCCGUGUGGGCCAAGCCCAGGACACGGAUGACUGUGACGAUUUUGACAUUUCUCAAAUGAAUCUGACACCAGUCACCUCCACAACACCAUCCACCAACUCACCACCCACCCCAGCUCCCAGGCAGAGCUCACCCUCGAAAUCCUCCGCCUCGCAUGUCAGUGACCCCCCCACUGACGCCACAGACCCUCCCACAGACGACUCAUUUGGGGAAGUAGAGGGCAGUCCAAGUCGCAGUGGAGAGGAAGAUGCUGCAUGUGGCUCUGGGUCGCCCUGCCCCAGUGAGACAGCAGAGCCGAGCCCAGACCAGGCCAGUCCAGAGGCUGGGAGCUAGAUAGCAGCAGGGCAGGAAGGGGAAGGACCCUCUCUACGCCCAGAUCAACAAAGGGAAGAAAUAAAGAGACACACAGGAAGACGGACCUGAGCAGCACUGAGAGAACAGGAGGAGAACCCUCACCUUGUGUGUGUGUGAUUGUGUGUGUGUUUGCGUGACUGGCACAUCUCCCAGCCUGGCCAAGCCCUUCUUCUUCUUCUCCUCCUCCUCUUCGGCUAACAGCCUCCCAGGAGGAGCCUCCACGCUCCCUCUGCCCUCCCGCUGUGCUCCUCCUCCUCCUCCUGAGAGGAGUGAGCCCUCUUGGUCAUUCACUCCAGGCAGGAGGGAUAUCAAUCACCGAGACGGAUCCAGUUCUCCCUCCACUGCGCUGUCUUCUCCUCUCCUCUCCCCUCCCUGUGGCGACUCACACACAGCCUUACAGACAUAACCUGCUCCUCCCCUAGCUCCCUUCUUCCUUCCCUCCCUCCUCUUCUCUGUGUUUGCUCGUACACUCCUCCCUCUGCCUCCUGUGUCUGGCCAGAGACUGUGCUGUCAAGGAGAGACUGAAUCAAGCAGUGCCUCGCUGUCUCACACACACACACGCACACACACACACACACACGCACACACAGACACACACACACACACACACACGCGCGCACACACGCUCAUCAGGAUUAGAAUGAUCAUCUUUCAUGUAAUGGACAGAAUGUGCACCUGAAGCGAGUGGAUCCUGCAGGAGGAGCUGGACUCUAACGAGCCUAUCACAGAGGCCCGUUACUAGGAUCACUGCUUCUGAUUGGAUCGUUGGUUUGGGCAAUGUCUCCCAAUUCUUGUGAGUGUCUGCUGGAUCACUAUGCAGAAACAGACUCUCUGGGAGCUACUCACACCCAAAUACACACACAACAAUCAGCUUACAUAUACUCCUAUCACACACACACACACACACACACACACACACACACAUGCAGUCAUCUCUCACCCUCUCUAACAUACACAGUCAUUUGCCAAACGUCUGUCCUCACAGACAGACUCACACUGAGGCCAGAGGACCGGACAAACUGAGGAAUGGACGCUGAGAAGGAAGUGUUGCAACAGAUUCUGUGAUCGAACUGUUCAUUCUCUAUAGCUUUUGUACAAUACUGAUUCAAAAAAGAAGAAAUUAAAAAAUUGAAUUUUUAUUUUAUAAGUCAAUCAAGCCGCUGGGGUCAGCUCUGUAGGAGUUAUAGAGUCAACAUGGCUUUAAGGCAUCGGAUCGUUGGUUUGCCAAACUCAUUUUGUAAAUAAUGAUAACAACAACCAUUUUGUCCAAUGGACUUCUGUGCCAUAAAAUAGGAAGGCUUCAGUUAUGCAAACUCUCGACGUUAACCCAAGCAAUACCAACAUAUGUUUUCUUUUCCUGUUUUCCCACUAUGUUUUGUAAUCCUCUAAUGUUGUUUUGAUUUUGUGCAUGGAUGUUGUUGGUCUUUGUCUUAACCUCACUUACUAAUCCUGUUUCCAGCUGCAAACCCUGCUCGUAUCUGUCUUUUCCAGUCCCACCACCUCACAUUGAUAGCAGAUCAGCUUCUGCAGUUUAUGUCACCAAUGGCCUAUGUAUGUGUUUCUGUACCUCACACUCUCUAUGUUGCAGAGGACAUAGUGUCACUCACUGUAACGUAGUCUGCCCCUCCAUCCCAUUCCCCCUCUAUAGUCUUUGAGAUACGGUGAUGCUCCGCCCAUCUGUCUGUCUGCUGGUCAGGUGCCAAACUGCUGCUGUCCCAGCGUCUGUGUGUGGACGGCAGCUUCCUACAACUACAUCAACUUUGAUGCCAAUGACUCCCUAUUUUAUGGCCAGAGUCCCCAUGUCACUGAGAACUCUUUUGGACUAUGAUGUUGAUUAACUUUCAAAUUUGACAACUAGAAGAUGAGCAGAGAAGUUGAACAAAAAGGGAAACGUCGCUGUUUGAGUACAUAACAUUUCUAGACCUAUUUUAACUUUACCUCAGCUAACAGUUUCUUAAUGUAAAUUGACACAUUAUUUUUAUCUUUAUGAAUAUGACAUUCUACAGUGGGUUUUUAGAUGAUUUUUUGGUUCUCUCUUGAUUUAUGUAUUCCACCAUGUAUUACUGUUACAAAUAAACACAUCCCAAAUGA